CUUCCGCCGUCCGCCGCGCUCUCCUUCCGCCUCUGCGGUGCGCUGGGGUGUGUCUAGGCGCGGUACCUCCCGCGCUCUAUGGUAUCUGCGGCCCGGCGCCGUUCCCAGUCUCCUCAGCGGCGGCGGCUGGUGGCGGCCGGAGCCGGGGAGCGAGCGCGGCGGCCGGGCGCGGGCCUGCGCCGCCUGCCCCUUCGCGGCGGCCAUGGAGCUGGAGGUGCCGGAGGAGGCGGAGGGCUCGGCCGUGGCGGGCGCUGGUGCCAUCACCCCGGAGGCCGGCGUGGGGGGACUGGACACGGCAGGAGGUCUGGCACUGAAGAAGGCAGCCAUCACUGAGGGACCAUCGCUUCCAGGACAGCCUGGCCAAGGAAAGAAGAUAGGUCAUCGAGGAGUUGAUGCUUCUGGUGAAACCACCUACAAAAAGACCACUUCAUCCACUCUGAAGGGGGCCAUCCAGCUAGGGAUUGGAUAUACUGUCGGCAAUCUGAGCUCCAAGCCUGAGAGAGAUGUCCUGAUGCAGGACUUCUACGUGGUGGAGAGCAUCUUUUUCCCAAGCGAAGGAAGUAACCUCACUCCGGCUCACCAUUAUGCAGACUUCAGAUUCAAAACCUAUGCACCAGUGGCUUUCCGGUACUUCCGGGAGCUCUUUGGGAUUCGUCCGGAUGAUUAUUUGUAUUCAUUAUGUAACGAGCCUCUGAUAGAGCUGUCGAACCCUGGUGCCAGCGGCUCCCUCUUCUAUGUCACCAGCGAUGAUGAGUUCAUCAUAAAAACUGUGAUGCACAAGGAAGCUGAAUUCUUACAGAAGCUCCUUCCUGGCUACUACAUGAACCUGAACCAGAAUCCACGGACGCUGCUGCCAAAGUUUUAUGGACUCUAUUGCGUGCAAUCGGGGGGCAAAAACAUCCGCGUGGUCGUGAUGAACAACAUUUUGCCUCGUGUGGUGAAAAUGCACCUGAAAUUUGACCUGAAAGGCUCGACCUACAAACGCCGGGCAUCCAAGAAGGAAAAAGAAAAGUCCAGCCCUACGUACAAGGACCUAGACUUCAUACAAGACAUGCCUGAGGGCCUGAUGCUGGAUGCAGACACCUUCAGUGCAUUGGUGAAAACGUUGCAACGAGACUGUCUGGUGUUGGAAAGCUUUAAAAUCAUGGACUACAGCCUCCUGCUUGGGGUUCAUAACAUAGACCAGCAAGAACGGGAGCGACAGUCUGAGGGAGCCCACAGCACGUCGGAUGAGAAGCGUCCCGUGGGGCAGAAGGCACUUUACUCCACAGCCAUGGAGUCCAUCCAGGGUGGGGCUGCCCGGGGGGAGUCCAUAGACACAGAUGACACAAUGGGAGGAAUCCCAGCAGUGAAUGGCAAAGGAGAGCGUCUCCUGCUACAUGUAGGAAUAAUAGAUAUCCUUCAGUCAUACAGGUUCAUCAAGAAGCUAGAACAUACCUGGAAGGCCCUUGUCCACGAUGGGGACACAGUGUCAGUACACAGACCCAGCUUUUAUGCAGAGAGAUUCUUCAAAUUCAUGACCAACACGGUGUUUCGAAAGAAUUCCUCUCUAAAAUCAUCUCCCUCAAAGAAAGGACGUAGUGCCUUGCUAGCUGUCAAGACGCCUGGUCCAACAGCUGCAUUUUCAGCUAGCCAGCUUCCCUCGGAAAAGGACGAAACCCAGUAUGAUCUUCGUGCAGCCAGGAGUUACCCCACACUCGAUGAUGAAGGUGCUAAACUUAACCAGGGCAGGGGAGAAGCAGGCAGGCCAGACCUGUUACCCUGCACGCCGCCUUCAUUUGAAGAAGCCACCACGGCCUCCAUAGCCACAACGCUGUCUUCGACAUCUCUCUCCGUUCCUGAGCGAUCCCCCUCGGAGACCUCUGAGCAGCCCAGGUACAGGAGGCGCACACACUCCUCGGGGCAGGACGGCAGGUCGCACGAGGAGGUGCGGGUUGAAGAAGAGCUUCAGCAGGUCAGCGUAGAGCUGGAACCGAAGUGCGAUGUUGAGAUCGUAGCCCCCGAAGACGAUGACAAAGAAGAGGCAGCUUCUUCAGCCUGUGCCAUCGUACCGUCCACAGCUACAAUAGAGGUGGAGACAGCCAGCCAGGCCUCCGAACCAGCCAGCCAGGCCUCGGAUGAAGAUGAUGUGCCAGUCACAGACAUAUACUUUCCGACAGACGAGAGGAGUUGGGUUUACUCCCCGCUCCACUAUAGCGCUCAACUCCACUCUGUCUCCGAUGAGGAGAGCGAUACAUAAUCUCUAUGCAGACACAGAAGCCCCAGAGAGCAGCGAUUCCCUCUGCAGGUCGAUGUGUUCCCUUUUCGUUGAUGCAGCCGUUCCAGUGGGAUGGGGAAGAGCUUGCUGACACCAGUAUUGCUGCACUGCAGGAUCCCAGGCACUGCAUUUCAGAACGGAGCAAAACUCUAACCGUGUAUUUCUACUUAUCCCAGACGUGGGCAGCAAAGAAACCACCCGCUCACCCGCAGCUCCCAACGGAGACGUCCAGCUGGGUGUAGAGAAUCCUGGGUAGUAACACAGUGUUUUCCAAACGUGCACUACCGUAGCUACCUAUCCAUGUGUGAUACUGUGAACCUUUUUAAUUUUUUAAUCAUGUAUUUAUUUCUUUUAUCUUUGCACAGAGACAGCACAAAUGUGCUUUUUUAAACAUUUAGUUUACUGCACUUUUUUUUUUUUUUUGGUUGUCAUAUAUUUGUGCAUCAGAAAGGAGUGUGAGACCUCACUGGAGAAUUGGUAGAAGCACGUUACUGGGGAGGGCAGGGACCGGAGUGGCUUCCUUUGAGGCAGCAGUGUGGUCUAACCAACUGAUGGAGUCAGGAGGUUUAAGGCUGUCCAGACUCUGCCACGAUUUUGCCGAGUGACCUAAGGCAAGUCACUUAACCACUCUGUGCCUCGGUUUCCCCUGUGCUAAUGGGUGUACAGUACCCACUUCCGUUAAAGCACUUAAACCCUGGGAUGAAAGGUGCUAUGUAAAUGCAAUGUAUUAAAGGCCAUUGAAUAGAAUUGCUCCCAUGUUACAGUAGUCCAAAGUAGCCAUGCCAAUUUACUUGGAUUCAAAAAUUGCUAGUGACUUCUCUUGCUCUGUAACACUGUGUGGGGGAAGCAAACGAUUCCUGGCUAUAGUGACGUGGUCACCUCGGCCCUCCUCCGGACGUCGCGAUGGAUUCUGCCUUCACCACGUGCUGCGCUGCUCUGUGUCGCCCUGUCCCUUUGUGCUCGGAGUCCACGCUUUGUCUUACCGGCUGCCGCACCGACGUUUGCUCCAGGCCGCUGCCUGGCAACAGGCAUGGACAGAUGAGAACUGUGCAUCUCCACGGACCAGCCUCGCUGGAGUGAGAGUUCCUGAGUCUGCCCAGCCCCAGGUGGGGUUGCCCGGACACUGCAUCCUCCUGGAACCACUUAGCACCGCGCAUGUUCAUGGGUGUAUCCAAUUGCCAAGUAAUCGGGGGUCACAGACCAUUGGGUUCACAUGUAUCCUCCGUUCCUCAGGGUAGUCAGGGAGACGCACGCACGUCCGCACACUGGAGGCAGUGACAGGAGCCUGGCUCUGGCACCUAAUUGCGCCAGGCAGUGUUGUGUUCACGGACUCUCUCUGUUGGACAGAAAGCUGGGAGACUCUCAUGCUGCCUGUUGAAAAUUGCUGCUUUGGAUGUCUGAGAUGGGGAGGGUUUGCUCUUUGAGGGCUGUAGGCUUUGGAUGAGACGAGGAAGAUCUGGUGUCACUUAGCAGUGUUCAGACUAGGCUCAUCCUUCUGUCAGCAGGGUACUGUAGCGUUGUCUUCAAUUCCCUAGCAAUCCCCCCUCUUCUCCCAGAGAGAAGAGAAAUCCUUUAGUGCAGAGGGAGCUAGCUAGGUCUUGUUUGCCUACUUUACAGGCCUUGCUCAAGAGAGACGGUCAAAGAUCUCUCCCUUCCCAUUACAGUCUUCAAACCGUCUUUGGGAUUCCUUGUGGAGGAGUGUGGAAGUGGGACCCUGCUCUAGGAGCUCAGUCCCCUCUGAUCUGUCCUCACAGCAGCACUCAGGACUGGUUAAUUCAGGUCCCAGAAGGUGACUGGGCUGGUGGGAAGCUCUUCCCCUCUGCAAUGUGAUUAACUUAGCGAGGACCUUCAUGAGUUGAUGCUAUUUCUUGCCUAGAAGUAUGGGACCCAAACUUCUACCCUUUGCCUACAGAUGCUGAAGGCUGUAAGGUGUGCUGCUCUCAGAGGACAGGCUGGGGUUCCUGCAAGCUGCUGCCAUUAGAUUUAUUCAUAUAUUUACCAGAGUAGUCUAUCAGAAAUCUUUUAAGGAAACUCUCCCCUUUCAGUAGCUACUUGACAGCUAAUUCACCUAGCAAGUAGCAUUGCCCUGCGACAGCCCCUUUGGCAGGCUGGGAAACAGCUCUUAAAUCACCACAUCUCCUUGUGUUGGUCCUGUAUGGGCUUUGCAAGUUGUGCGUGUUUAGUGCUACGGCAGGGCUCAGCAGUUCAGCGGAGGGGACUUGGGAGACGUGCAAUACAUACAGAGUAACUUGCCUCUGGGCUGAAAGCAAGAGGCUUCAAACAAUGUUAAAAAUGUAGCUGCUGUUCUUUUCCUCCGGAAGCGCAGAGCAGCCACUAUUAGGAAAGAGGCCAGUAAGAGCUGUAUCUCUUCUGCAUCUUAAAAUGUCGCUCUUGGGCUCUGCACUGGAAAAAUGUAGUUCUGGGGAGGAGCCCAGGUGGCUGCUAGGACUGUCUGAGCCAAGCCCCAGCUGCCCUGGUACCACUUUGUUCGUGGGCUAGUGGGUUUUGCCUCAGUUUGACUUUGCAAGCACACACUAACUAAAAUAGAGCAUCUUUCAUUGUCUGAGAGCAGAGACUGAAACUUUAUCCCUUCCCCUCAUCGCAGGGUGUCUGAAGCUGCUCAGCCUCUGUGCAGGAGGCACCUGAGCCCAGCCUUCGCGAAGGGUUUCAGUGAAUGAACUUUGCAGGCUGGAGCUGUGCUUGGUCCCAGAACAUGUGGGGAAGCCCAGGCCUUUUUUUGCAGUAUGUUCAUUCCAAAUGUCGUCUUUCCUCAGGCGUCCUGGCUUUCUGAGACAAUCCUUGUGCAUGCAGUUUUGUAACACUGAACGCUUCGGAGCAAGUGAGCCCGCUAGAGUUGCGAGCUCUCGGCUCUGGGCAGAGAGGUUUGGUCCCAUGAAAGUAUGUGCAAAGGGAUUAGAGGGGACCUUCCUAGGAGCCUUUCUUCAGGGAGAUACUGAUCUGACAUGACAACUGCCCCUUUCCAAGCCUGCACAUGCUCUGUGCUCUGUCACAUUACUUGUCCAAGUACUUCUGUGCUGAAGAGCUGCUGAACCUCCACUUUCUGUCAGAGGCUGAAAGGACCCUGGCGUUUCAAGCCUGCUCGUUGUCCAUCACUUUGCAUUCAGAUACUUGCUGCCCCAUGGGUAGCAGGGUGACAGCUUUGGGGAGCUUUGGCGCAUUUCCUAACUGCUGCCAAUGCUCCCUUGGCAGGUUGUACCAGAAUCGGAGGAGGGAAGGACUAGGUCACAGGAAAGAGCAUCAGCCCUUUCUUGGGGGAAGAGAGCCCUGGCCAGUCCUUGGUCUGAAUGUCUCUCCAGCUGUACUUCCACCUCAUCUUGGAAAUGAGCUGCAUGUACUUUCUCUGUUAGGACUUUUCUCUACUGACCCAGUUGAUUGCUGGCUGCUGCUGUCCCUGGUAUGACCUCCAUGAUGCCUACAACUUUAAAAGGAGGCACUGUGUUUCUUCUUCUGCUCCUCCAGCAUUUGAGCAGAGUGGCCUAGUGAGACAGCGUUUCCCAAGUAGCUUCGUUUGCCACCACUCUCCAAACCCCAUCAUGCCAGCUUAGACCCUCAGCUCUGCAUGAAGGGCCCUGGGGUGAAUCUUGCUCUGCUAAGGCUUUUGGUGAGCUUUCAGUUUGGGCUGUUGAAGGGAGCAUCUCUUGCCAAGCUGCAAGGCAACAAGAGUGAUUGAUUGCCCCACUUGUCGGGGUGUUUAGGGUGACAUGUGGGUGCAGCACCCAGGCUGCUGUCUGCCACAAAUGCCCACCGGGUGUGGAUUUGGCAAGGGGAGACAUGGGUCUCCUGAGGGAUUUCUUCCAGGGAGAUGUCUCAGUUUGCACAAUGUGGCAGGCAACUAAACUUGCCGUAGGGUUACUGUACAGAGCAGAGCUUUUACAAGCGUGUGCAGAGUGGAGGGAUGGGACAAACUGGAAAGCUGGGGGUUGUCGAAACGCUCAUGAGAGAUGGGGUCCGGAGCUGCCUCUGCUGCAGCGCUGCCUCCGUGGUGGCCAGCAUUGCUCUGCGUGCUGAAACGGCGCUUUGGGGAGUCUUUUUAGCGCAGCCAGAGCGGUGGCAGGUCUCGGCACCGAGCCGGGGCCAGGCUGGCGCGGGCUCGGUUGCCCUCAGUCCUCGCCUGGCUCCUCAACACGGUGUAGCCGUCCUUGGCGGUACCGAUGCUCCCGGCAGCCGGGACCAGCCGUAGCGUUUCCUUCUCUUCCCCGUUCCCAGCCGGCGUCGGCCUCCAGCUCUUACCGAAAAGGCGAAAGCCGGGGCUCAGGCGUGCGGGGUCACGUCCGAUUUUCCUUCUGUCGGCGUCUCCAUCAGACUCAUGUAUCCUCGCGGCUGCGCGUGUCCCGGCCCGUUUCUCUGUCCGCUCCGUGCGUGUGCGCCGUGUAACGAAUGUAUGUAAGUAGGCUGGGGGGGGUUGGGGGGGGCUGGAAACGUGCUGCCAACCCAUGGCUGUUGUCAUGUUUCUCUUCUCUUUUUUUUUUUUGGGGGGGGGGGGGUCAUGAGAGCGCUUUGUUUUCUUUUUUUUCCUUUUUUUUUUUUUUCCUGACGGGAGACCUUUUUCCAGAGAACUGUAAAUUGAUGCUAUCUGUCCUAGGCUCUGUGAUAAAGCAUACUGUACUCUGUGUUGUAAACACACCGGACAAACGA